AUGGACAGAUUUCUCAAAAAUGGCUUCAAGAGCUCGUCUCAGAGGACACGCUCCCCCUCUCCCGCCAAUGGCGCGACGAGCACCGCAAGCCACACGGACAGCUCUUCCAGGCUGAAUCAUAGCUUCACGGCCAACACUAACGGCGAUGAUGGUCCUCGCGAACCCACAUCUCAAUAUGGCGCUGCCUCACAGCCUCCUUAUGCUGUUAACUAUCAACUGCCGGCUUUGAAGAUAUCCGAUCUUUUGCAUAGCCCGACAGCUAUGCCAACUGAAAAUGCGAAUGGAUAUGGAAACGGAUAUAGAAAUGGAUACGGGCAUGAACAGGGCGAUGCUGCUAUACCUCCUUUGGCUUUGAAGAAAGACAUUGAGAAAGACACAGUGACGGGACCAACACAACCAACAAAAGGCUAUCCUGAAACGUUCAAUUCGCUGGAGCACGCGACAGGACUACCGUCAAUAGGCUCUCCCUUGACACAUCCAAAUGGCGUCUCUAUGUUUCCAGAUCUUUCUGCUGCGGAACAGCAGGAACUAUCUCGAGAAGCACUGGAUCAAGCCGAAGAAGCCAUCAUUGCCGAUGAUAGCGCCGAUAGCAUCGGGUCCGUUCAUGGUGAUGACACCGGUUCUGAUGCCGGUUCUGAUGCCGGCUAUGAUAGUGACACUGCCAGCUCGGCAAGCACAUCUGUCAUGUCAUCCGUUCGCGAUUACAUGUAUGAAAAUGGCCGGCGAUACCAUCGAUAUCGUGAAGGCACGUACAACUUCCCCAAUGAUGAUGUGGAGCAAGAGAGAGAGGAUAUGAAGCACGCCAUGGUCAAGCUGCUGUGUAGCCAAAAGCUACACUUUGCCCCCAUCGGCGAUAACCCGCAAGAAAUCCUCGAUAUUGGAACUGGAACCGGAAUUUGGCCCAUUGAAAUGGGAGACAAAUAUCUGAGCGCUCAUAUACUCGGAAUCGACUUGUCUCCUAUUCAGCCGGAUUGGCUACCGCCCAACGUUCGAUUCAUGAUAGACGAUGUGGAAUCGCCGUGGUUGCAUCCCAACAGCCAUUUUGACUACAUUCAUUCUCGCCACACAGUGAUGGCUGUUAGAGAUUGGAUGAAGCUAUUUCGAAGGGCCAUAGAACAUCUCAAAAUUGGCGGCUGGAUCGAGCUCCAAGAAAUCCAUCACACCCCCAAAAGUGCCCUACCGGAUGGUAAUGGCGAGAUGCCACCAGACCAUCCUGUUACACGUUAUUGGAAACACGUAUCAGAGGGACUAGCAGCCCUUGGCAUUGAUCUGGAUACCGCAGCCAAUGGCAGAAUAUCCGAUAUGAUGCAAGAGGCCGGUUUUACCAAUGUUACAGAGCGGGUGCUGCAUGUGCCCAUCGGGACUUGGCCCAAGAAUAAAGUCCUCAAGACGGUCGGCCUCUACUGGCGGACCAUACUCUUGGAUGGGAUUCAGGCCAUUGCUCUGGGGCCAUUGACACGAGGCCUGGGGUGGAACCGAGAGCAGGUAGAAGUACUGCUGAUGGAAGUCCGGCAGGCCUAUUUUGACGAUUCCAAGCUCAUGUACAUGCCGUUUCAUGUUAUUUAUGGGCAGAGGCCAUAG